AUGCUGGCUUGGCUGGGUAGCAUACUACUACUCGGCGCUGAUGCAGCUAUUAGCAAUAAGGGGACAAUUCUAGUGCUUGCCCGUGACCAAGGCAGUGCCAACUCGGCAACUCUAGGACUUCAAGGCUAUGGAAUUCCGUACCAAGUGGUACUCGUUCCCCAGACUGGUGUCGCUCUUCCUCAACUGAAUAGCUCUGCUUCAGCUGGUAACUAUGGUGGUAUCCUUGUGGUGAGCGAAGUGAGCUAUCAGUAUAGCACUGGAUUUACCAGUGCCUUGACAACCGCACAAUGGCAGCAACUGUAUGACUACCAGACCAAUUAUGGUGUCCGUAUGGUCCGCAUCGAUGCAUAUCCUGGGCCGGAUUUUGGCACUACUACCGCCCUUCCUGGCGCUGGAUGCUGUGAUGCUGGAGUAGAACAACUCAUAUCAUUCUCUGAUCUCUCUGCCUUCCCUACCGCAAACCUCAAGAGUGGUGCGACUAUGAGCACCCAGGGGCUGUGGCACUACCCUUCGACAAUCACCAACUCUAGCAUCGCAACGGAAAUUGCCCGCUUUGCUCCUAGUGGUAGUUUUACCACAACGACCACAGCUGCUGUUAUUAACAAGAUUGGAAAUCGCCAGCAGAUGGUCUUCUUCAUUUCUUGGGCCUCUGAUUGGGCUGUGGCAUCCAACUUCCUGCAGCACGCAUGGAUUCACUGGAUGACCAGAGGUCUGUAUGUCGGGUUCCGCAGAAUCUACCUUGGGACUCAAGUGGAUGACAUGUUCUUGGAGAGCGACCUCUACCGUCCUGUUGGGGGUCUCUUCCGUCUCCGCGCUGGAGACAUUGCCAACCAUGUCACCUGGCAGACUCAGCUCAACAACAAGCUUCCUGCCGGCUCCAAAUACUUCAUGGAGAUUGGUCAUAACGGCAACGGAGAUAUCGAAGCGGCGGUCAAUACCCCGGCCGGUGGCUCCAUGUGCAACCCACCAGACGCGAUCGAAUAUGACUCCCCACCAGACACGCCUUUGGAAUUUCAGAAGCCGUUGGGCACUGGAACCAAUAUCUGGCCAACAACUCCAACAACAUACCCGUGGUCAUUGACUUGUGCUCGCCUUGAUACCCUUGAGAACUGGUUCCAGAUCGCUAGCAACCGCGAUGCCUUUGCCCAUAUGUCGCACACCUUCACUCACUACGAGUUGAAUAACGCUACCUACUCGGAUGCUGCUAAGGAGAUCCAGUUUAACAAAGCAUGGAUGCAGCAAAUCGAACUAUCAUCCGGCAAUAAGUUCAGCAGCAAGGGCCUUAUCCCCCCAGCCAUCACUGGUUUGCACAAUGGAGACGCCAUCAAGGCAUGGAUGGACAAUGGCAUCACCUCCGUCGUCGGAGACAACACCCGCCCACCUCUACGACACGCCGUAAACACUUUUUGGCCACGCCUAACCACCGUUGCUGACAAUGGAUACGCUGGGCUCUGGAUCAUCCCCCGUUGGGCGACCACAAUAUACUUCAACUGCGAUUUACCUGCUUGCACCCUUCAAGAGUGGAUCGACACCUCCGGUGGCAGCGGUGGCUUCCAAAAUCUAAUCAAUGAUGCCCGCGCCACCAACACUCGUUAUCUCCUCGGCCUUCGCCACGAUCCCUACAUGUUCCACCAGGCGAACUUGCGCCAGAUCGACGUCCCCAACACGGACGUGAACGGCGUCUCCUCGAAGUUGUCCCUCAUUCAAAUUUGGGUUGAGGUGAUCACACAGGAGUUGACCCGUCUGACCAGCUGGCCGGUUAUCACCCUCAAGCAUGAUGACAUCGCGACAGACUUCAUCAACCGCAUGACUCGAGACAAGUGCAAUCCGAACCUAAUUUACAAUUAUUCCGCGGAUGGUACCAAGAUCGUGUCGGUGACGGUCAGUGCAAAUGCAAACAGCUGCGCUACUAAGAUCCCGGUGACAUUCCCUGGCAGUGUCAUAAACACCAAUGGCGGGAUUUCGGAGCAGAUUGGAAGCGACCCGUUGACUAUUUGGACUACUCUGAGUGGCUCGACCCAGACGUUUACUUUGACGACUCCGAUCAAAGCCUAG